CGUCUCAAUCUCCUUGUCAAUCAUGCGACAGCUCUAUCACUUACCUUGACCUAGACUAAGUGGCUGUUCUUGCCGCGGUGGCCGCACAAUCAAUAUAUGUGCGCUCCUCCGCCUCCAGGCGAGUGUACGCUGCUUCUUCUUGUCCACCAUCAGACUGAGCGGGUGACAUACAAGGUGAUGAACAACUGGCUUGUCGCCGUCAUAGUUUCGACGGUCGUAGCGGGAGCCGCGAUCGUCGUGCUCACCGUCGCGCUACUCCAUCAUCGUUCCCAACAGAUAUCACAGCCGUCCUCACAGGAUGGGGCCCUCGACCAUAUAAUGCAUGACAAUCUGUCAGGAGCAGAGCUCGGACUCCAGCACUUAUCCUCUUGGUCGCUGUCCCAAAUAACUCUGCUAACGUCCGAGAGCGGAAAGUGCCCUUCCCAUCAAGAAGUUGUCAAUCUUCCGAAUCCGUCAAAGCAAGUAGAGGACGCGUCUAUGCAUUCUACACAUGAUAUAUCGUACCUAGCCAUCGGAAUCCCACUCAAGCCAAACUGCCUCGAGGACUUCUCUCAUGGGAAGCUGGGUUGGAUACACCACGAGUUGGCCCUGAAGACAAGGACACGCGAUACUCCCUCUCACGGUGGAGCAGAGGGCAAUAGCGCGAAAGCAGCGGUACGGCCACCUUUCAUCUCUCGCUUCAGACCCGCUCGCCGAGAGCCCGAUCGCGGUGCGUCUGUGUCAAGGAGGUCCUCGGACGCACAACGCCUUGACUCCUCCGAGUCCCCAGCCCCAAUCAACCACGAUUGAUCCACCCAAAGCUCCCCCCGUUCUCUCCCUCAUC